GUGAGCGGUCGCAUCAGAGAGCGCUCAGUGGGGCGCAAGCAUCGCAGUCAGCCGGAGUUUGGAGACGACUUGCACGUUUAUUUUCCGCCUUUCGGUGUUUUGUCUUUGUCACGGUGAAUUACCCAUACGCUACAGACACGGGAACGGUUCCUUAUUGGUUUCGGUUCACCGUUGUAACACUGGAGUACCUUUUGUGGGAAUUGUAACUCUGUGAAGUCGCUUGGAUGUUUACGUGGGACCACUUGCCUCGAAUGCUUCAAUGGAUUUGAGUGUGAAAUGAGUGGAUUUGUCCGGGAAAUCAAAAUUAUAAAUCGCUUCAAGGCUCUCAACGACAAUAUUGUAAGUAAACAAGGAAGGAAAACGCGAUGAUUCUCCCAACUUUAUUCUUCGUGUUUCCUCUACUGGAUGUGCUGUUGUCUGCCGAGGAGAGUAUGCUGUCCCGCUCGGGCCGGCUGGACUGCGUGAAGGCGAGCGAACAGUGUCUCAAAGAGAUGGGCUGCAGCACCAAGUACCGGACAAUGAGGCAGUGUGUCGCGGGGAAAGAGACCAAUUUCAGCAUGGUAGCCGGACCCGAAGCGCAGGACGAAUGCCGGAGCGCGAUGGACGCCAUCAAACAGAGCCCGCUUUACAACUGCAGGUGUAAACGGGGCAUGAAGAAGGAAAAGAACUGCUUGAGAAUUUACUGGGGAAUUUAUCAGACUUUACAGGGAAAUGACUUGCUGGAGGACUCUCCCUACGAGCCAGUGAACAGCAGACUGUCGGACAUAUUCCGGUUGGCUCCCAUCAUAUCAGGAGAGCCAGCGGUGGCGAAGGAGAAUAACUGUCUGAACGCGGCGAAGGCCUGCAACCUGAACGACACCUGUAAGAAGUAUCGCUCGGCCUACAUCAGCCCCUGCACCAGCCGCGUCUCCACCGCCGAGGUCUGCAACAAGCGCAAGUGCCACAAGGCCCUGCGGCAGUUCUUCGACAAGGUCCCGCCCAAGCACAGCUACGGCAUGCUCUUCUGCUCCUGCCCGCCCUCCGACCAAUCCGCCUGCGCCGAGCGCCGCCGCCAGACCAUCGUCCCCGUCUGCUCCUACGAGGACAAGGAGACGCCCAACUGCCUGUCCCUGCAGGCCUCCUGCAAGACCAACUACAUCUGCAGGUCACGACUCGCUGACUUCUUUGCGAACUGCCCGCCAGAGCCUCGCUCCCUGUCCGGCUGCCUGAAGGAGAACUAUGCCGACUGCCUGCUCGCCUACUCUGGCCUCAUCGGAACAGUGAUGACCCCCAACUACCUGCGAGCCCCCCACCUCAGUGUGUCGCCCUACUGCGACUGCAGCAACAGUGGAAACAGCAAGGAGGAGUGCGACACUUUCAGCAAGUUCUUCACUGAGAAUAGCUGCAUACGUAAUGCCAUCCAGGCGUUUGGCAAUGGCACAGAUGUGGGGGUGUGGCAGCCAGCACCUCCUGUCCUGAGCACCGCCUUCACCUCUGCCCCGCCCCACAAAGGCAAGGACAGGUCCCCCAACACGCUCGACGCCCACAACAACCACCUCAACACAGCCGAUGGCUCCGUCUACCACUUCUGUGGGAGUCUACAGGCUCAGAAGCUGAAGUCCAACAUGUCCCUGGAGGCGGUCCUGUGUGUGGAUCCGCAGAUUGAUGACCCGAGCACUUCGAACACCAUCUCCAGAAACUGCUCCUGGCAAAGAGCCCCCGCUGGCCUGUGCUCUCUGCUGCUCACGCUGGCGGCAGUGUGGUACUGCACCCCGGAGGCUCUCUCUUCACCAUUGCGGCUCUUGUAGCUGCACAAGCCUCACUCAUGGACAGACACAAAUUUGUACAGAAUUGCUUUCUGUUCCCAGUCACCCAUUGUACUUCUUCGCUAUUUUUUAUUUUAUUUUUUUUAUUUUCUCUAAUCUCUGGUUUUAGAGGCUAAGUGGAAGCUGUGUGCUAAAGUGGUCUCUGUGUAGCUGGAUUUUCUCUCUUUCUCUUUAGGCUUAUUUUUAUUAUUUUUUUUGAAGGAAAAGCUCCUUCAGUGUUUAGCGCUAAAGUGAAUAUUUGAUGCAUUUCUACAUUCCAACACAAAAUGGCUGCUGGACUUGUGGAAUCUGUCAGAGGAAGUCGGGGAGCAAGGAGACAGAGGCUGUAGAAUAAGUGGGAAGUUCUGGGAACAAAGGAGGCAGUUUAUUCAGUGUUGGGAAACUAUACAUGUGGUGUCUGUGUGUUUUAUCAAACAGUGGCCAUCUCUUUCAGCCCAACACUGGGAGGGGGUGAGGGUGAAUGUGGUUGGGUGAAAUGGGGCGGAAGCUGUGGAGGGGUUGAGAAGGUCGAUCGGAUCGCCACUCUAUCCUUAAUGCUCGGCAGACUCAUUACUGACCUGAUCUAACUUUCUUUACUUUUAUAAUUGACAAAGUGAUUUAAACUCCUGCUGCUAACUAAAUGUGAGGUCACGUCCUCAAAUCGGUGGAUACAUAUCACUAACGCGUGGCACGUAAGGUACACAAACACAUGCACACACACACACACACACACACACACACACACAAGGCUUCUUUCCUGAACAGCCAAGAAGCCAGUAACUGUGAUAUUUAGUACAAUUAGCUGUUUUUUUUCCAAAUACGUUUUUUUUUUGGCGUAAACAGAGGAGAAUUUAAAGAAUUUUGUUCGAGCCGUUUGCGUAACAUAUAAUUCUCUACGAAGACCACAGAAGAGGAAUGGAAAAGGUGUUCUUGUGUGGCUGUUAACUGACCACCAUGUGCCACAGCUGAUGGUAUCGACAUGGAUUUACAUAGUGAACACUAUUUUUGUUUUUAGAAUGUGUCUAUAAUAAUUGCAGAUCACACAUAAUCACACACUACAGACUGGCACUUGUCUUUGUAUUGCCUUCAUAAUAAAAUCCUCAAUUGGUUUAAAAAGAGCUCUGGACAAAGUUUGAAAUCUGAUUCCAGUGUAAAACAUAAAAUGUAAGUCUUGUAAGUAAUUUGUUAUCUUUUUUGUAUGUUUGUUAAGUGUCUAUCCAGAAAAUUGCUGAUGUAACAGUUAUUUCACCAACAUCAUAACAUGCAACUUCGAGAAAUGUUGGGAAGUUUGCAAGCUUCAGACCAUUUUUUAAUUAAUGAAUUUAUGAUCACAGACUGCCUAAAAUGAACAGCUAGCACCCUUUUGCCCCACACAUAUCGCAUGUGCAGUGAAAACCAUCGUCAUUACACACAACUUGAUUGUUUAAACUGUGCUGCUUUCGUUUCCGUGGCUUUUAAGAAAUGUGUAUAUUGCUCCAUGUUACACAGCUACCUAACUUUGUUCAUUUACAUUUACAGGGCAUUAUACAGUAUAAUGUGUGUGCUUAAUUAAUGCAGAUGGGAAAAGCCAUCUCAGUGUUGUUGCUAAUGAAGACACAGUUUGUGUGACUGGGAUUUAGUAUUUUCUUGAAAAUAUAUAUAUAUAAAUAUAUAUAAAUAUAUAUCAAAUUUGAUCUGGCUUAUCAAUUUACAUAUCUGCCAUGACAGAUAUGAAACUGCAUUUUUGACAUUGUGCUAAAUAUUUUUCAUCAGAGUACAAUUAAUGUAUUCAUUCAUGAAGGUCAUUUUGAGGUCAAGUUGAAAACUUUUUUUUAACCCCACUGUAACCCCACUGUAGCUUUCUGUUUUAACAGAAAAAUUGUACCAUAGUUCCAGUUUUGGCUGUUGACUUGUUUUGGUUUCUGGGAAAUACCCAGUUAUUUUUAUAUUUCUUACAUCAAUACUUUAAUUUAUUGUAUUAACCUCUCCCAUGCGAUCACGGAGCACAGAAUUGUAUAUGGAUAAAGUUAUAUGAAUACUGCAUGGAGAAUUAUUAAUGCAAAAAAAGCUCUUGGAAUUAUUAGUUUAAUCAAUUAGAGCAAUUUUUUAGUGGGCAGCCAAACAAGCAGCUUUAUCCGCAGUGCUUUUGACAGGGUUGGGGGGUUUUGGAGGUUUUAUGGGGCAACUGUGGCAGUAGCGGUCGA